CACCACACUCUGUCCCCACGCGCCUCCCCGAUCCCAAAACUCAUAACCGAAACCCAAAGCAAAGCACCUGCUCUCUCUCUCUCUCUCUCUCUCUCUCUGCCUAAACCACACUCAGGAAGUUCUACAUUUCUCAUUUGAGCCAUUUCUACCGUCUCUGUUAAAAGGAAGAAAAAACAAAACGAAACGCUUCUGGGCUUCAUCUGCAACCCAAUUCUCUGUUUUUAACUUCCUUCAAAUUAUUUUUCACGAUUCAGAAGUGUAUUUGAAUCCACUGCUGUGGAAGAUAAGGUUGUAGCCAAAUCUCAUUUGCUAUCCUGUAUUUUCCAAAAGAAUGAACAUCGACAGCUCUGUCUCAGAGCUUGAGAAUUAACCCAAGGAGUGUGUUUAUUGGAAUUGAAAGUCUUGGGUUUGUUCUUCGAGUUCAAAGAAGCAGAGCAACCACAGUGAUUGAGCUCGUUUCAACUUGAAGCUAAUGAAUCUUCAGGUAAAUUUGGCAUUUGGGUCGGUUUCAAUUUAUAAUUUUGAGUGAUGGGUUGCGUGUAUUCGAGGGCUUGUAUUGGAGAGAUUUGCGCUCCAAGAGAAGCCAGAAUCAAAGAGAGCCAAAAUGUGAGGAACACUGAGAUCCCAGUGUUCUCUCCCACCUCGUCCAAUGGCGAAGUAGCUGAACUUCGAGACCAAUUCAACCAAUCAAGCUUAGCCGGGGAUGCUGAGGUGGGCAUCACAAGGCUCUCUAGGGUUUCAUCCCAGUUUCUACCUCCAAAUGGGUCAAGAACUGUCAACAUUCCAUCAGGGAACUUCGAAUUACGGUACUCGUAUUUAUCUCAGCGAGGGUAUUACCCUGAUGCUCUUGAUAAGGCAAACCAAGAUAGCUUUUGCAUCCACAGUCCAUUUGGGACAAACCCAGAUGACCAUUUCUUUGGGGUCUUUGAUGGUCAUGGAGAAUUCGGAGCUCAGUGUUCACAGUUUGUGAAAAGAAAGUUGUGUGAGAAUUUGCUCAGGAAUAGUAAGUUUCAAGUGGAUGCUGUUGAGGCAUGCCAUGCUGCGUUUCUUGCAACCAAUUCUCAGAUGCACGCUGAUAUUUUGGAUGAUAGUAUGAGUGGAACAACUGCAAUUACAGUUUUGGUACGAGGUAGGACAAUAUGCAUUGCGAAUUCAGGUGAUUCAAGAGCUGUUAUAGCAGAGAGGAGAGGGAAUGAUAUUGUGGCCGUGGACCUUUCAAUUGAUCAAACCCCAUUUAGAGUGGAUGAGCUCGAACGGGUUAAGCUUUGUGGUGCAAGAGUUCUUACAUUGGAUCAGAUUGAAGGGCUGAAGAAUCCAGAUGUGCAGUGUUGGGGCACUGAAGAAAGUGAUGAUGGUGAUCCACCCAGGCUGUGGGUGCCAAAUGGAAUGUAUCCUGGGACAGCUUUUACAAGGAGUAUUGGUGAUUCGAUUGCUGAGACAAUUGGGGUUGUUGCCAACCCUGAAAUCGUGGUUUUAGAGCUUACACAAAAUCAUCCUUUCUUUAUUCUUGCUAGUGAUGGAGUUUUUGAGUUCCUUUCUAGCCAAGCUGUGGUUGAUAUGGUUGCAAAAUUUAAGGAUCCUCGUGAUGCUUGUGCUGCAAUUGUAGCAGAAUCUUAUAAACUCUGGCUGCAGUAUGAAACUCGUACAGAUGAUAUUACAGUGAUAGUUGUGCACGUAAAUGGGCUGACUGAUACUUCUGUUGGUCAAUCAGUAAUUCCUGCGGUUGCUUUACGACCACCUGUUCCUCAAGUUGUAGAGGUUACAGGAUCAGAAUCUCCUUCGACUAUUGGCUGGAACUCUAGGAACCAGCGCACAAGACAUGAUUUAUCAAGGGCACGUCUCCGUGUGAUUGAGAGUUCUCUAGAAAAUGGGCAAAUUUGGGUUCCUCCACCUCCAGCCCACAGAAAGACUUGGGAGGAAGAAGCACAAAUUGAGCGGGCUUUGCACGACCAUUUUCUCUUCAGAAAACUUACUGAUUCUCAGUGUCAUGUGUUAUUGGAUUGCAUGGAAAGGGUUGAGGUCCAACCCGGGGAUGUUGUUGUUAGACAGGGUGGUGAAGGUGACUGCUUUUAUGUUGUCGGCAGUGGAGAAUUUGAGGUGUUGGCAACCCAGGAAGAAAAGAAUGGAGAGGUUCCGAGGGUUCUGCAGCACUAUACAGCUGAUAAACUGUCAUCCUUUGGAGAGCUAGCACUAAUGUAUAACAAACCACUCCAGGCCUCUGUUCGGGCUGUGACCAGUGGAACUCUUUGGGCUUUGAAACGAGAAGACUUCCGCGGAAUUUUAAUGUCAGAGUUUUCUAACUUGUCAUAUUUGAAGUUGCUUCGGUCAGUGGAUCUUCUAUCAAGGUUGACAAUCUUACAGCUGAGCCAUAUUGCCGAUUCUCUUUCUGAGGUUUCUUUCUCUGAAGGGCAGACAAUAGUCAGUGGGAAUGAAGGCCUAGUUGGGUUGUACAUCAUACAGAAGGGAAAAGUGAGGAUUACUUUUGAUGCAAAUUCAGUUAGUAGUCCUGUUGUCUCUAGUCUCAAUUCUGAGAAUAAAAAAGAGGAUGAUAAUCCUCAGAGCAGUAAAGAGCUCUCAGUGGAGAAGACGGAGGGAAGCUACUUUGGUGAAUGGGUACUUCUUGGCGAACAUAUUGAUUUGUUUAGUGCAGUUGCUAUGGGUGAUGUCGUUUGUGCUGUUUUAACAAAGGAAAAGUUUGAUUCAGUUGUUGGCCCUUUGACAAAGCUUUCUCAGGAUGAUCAGAAGUCAAGUGAUUAUUCUUCUGAAGUUUCAAGGGAAUCUGUCAAGAAUAUUGAUAUUUCUGCUCUUACUAAAGUUGAGCUGUCUGAUUUGGAGUGGAGAACAAGUUUAUAUUGCACUGACUGCAGCGAGAUUGGACUUGUACUUUUAAGAGAUUCAGGAAAUUUUCUUAGUUUGAAAAGGUUUUCAAAGCAAAAGGUCAGGAGGCUAGGAAAGGAAGCACAAGUGUUAAAAGAGAAGGAUCUAAUCAAGAGUAUGAGCUCUUCAGCCUGUGUGCCGCAGUUUCUGUGCACUUGUGUUGAUCAGACACAUGCAGGCUUACUGCUAAAUACUUGCCUUGCUUGUCCCUUGGCCUCAAUACUUCGCACUCCCCUUGAUGAACCAUCUACCCAGUUUUGUGCAGCCUCUCUAGUUGCUGCUUUGGAAGAUCUCCACAAGAAUGACGUUCUCUACAGAGGCUUGUCUCCUGAUGUUCUAUUGUUGGACCAAACAGGACAUUUACAGCUAGUAGACUUCAGGUUUGGGAAGAAGUUAUCUGGCCAAAGAACAUAUACAAUUUGUGGAAUGGCAGACUUUUUGGCUCCAGAGAUAGUCCAGGGAAAAGGCCAUGGUUUCCCAGCUGACUGGUGGGCAUUGGGAGUCUUGAUAUAUUUCAUGCUACAGGGUGAAAUGCCAUUCGGGUCAUGGAGAGAAAGUGAGCUUGAUACAUUUGCAAAGAUUGCAAAGGGACAGCUAAGUAUCCCGCAAACUUUUAGUCCUGAAGUUGCUGAUCUCAUCACUAAGUUACUUGACGUUCAUGAAGACACAAGACUGGGAAGCCAAGGUUAUGAUUCUGUCAAAAGGCAUCCCUGGUUUGACGGUAUUGAUUGGAAAGGGAUCAGAGACUGUAGUUUUCCUGUUCCUCAUGAGAUCACCUCUCGUAUAACUCAACAUUUGGAAAGUCACUCAGAGGACUUUUCUUCUGUUCCUCUAGCUUCUCCAUCUCGAAAUGCAGAAGAACUUGACAAUCCUGAAUGGUUUGAUGACUGGUAGUAGGAUGAAAAAUACAGGAUUUUCCACCUUUGUAAACAAUUUCGCAGGUGGACUUUCUUUACUGCUGUGAGAUUUGACUCACAGCUUUGCUGAACAACAAGAACCCACCUAGGACGUACAAAAUAAUCGAGGAAAGAAAUGCAGGAGUUACAAGCCUGAGACUGAGCCUGAAACUCACUUACGGUCCUGUUAUAUUUUACCCAAUUAUAUAUAGUAGCAUUAGAAGAGUAUAUAUCUUGUGGGAUCACAGGCUGCUGCUAAUUAGCCCUUUGACUAGUUCAGUGGAGAGGUCAGCUCAUAGAUUUUUCUCUUCCUUUUUCUUUUGAUUUGGGUGAAUCUCCCUCCUCUGUAAAUACAUAUGUGUAGAUGAAUGAGGGCUCCUUCCUUGAUGAUAUUAUACCUUUCCACUCUACUUCUGUAAUAGCAGGUACAGAAAUUUGAUUGACUUAGCCAAGUGGCUUCUCGAGUUUCUGUCAUCCGUUAUUCUUAUCAUUUACUAUUCAAAUUCUCCUUUACCAUUUUCUUUUAUGUUGUAAAUACUUGAGCUCUGAUUUAUGGAAAUCCUUACUGAUUGGUCUCCAGCAAAA